AUGGCUACCGCGACGACCACGACUGUCCCGCCCUUUGCGGCCAAGGAGACGCUGUCGCUCCCUCUCAAAGCAGACGCCGCGCCCUCGCACGCCCAGUCAGCCUCAGCCGCCGCCGCGGGUCUUCCGACGCCCCCUCUCACACGACCCUCUUCGCCCUCCCUUUCUCGCAAGGCAGCCACGCCCUAUGCCCGCCCUUCGACACACCACCUCGACGAGUACCGGGCCGCCGAGUUGACGCCCGCCAUUGGUCUCCAGUUCACGCGCGAGUUGCAGGUACGGGACGUGUUGAGGCUGCCUGAGGACGACCCGAAGCGGGAGGAGAUGCUCAGGGAGCUGGCGUACCUCAUCUCCUUCCACGGCGUCUGCGUCUUCCCCGCGCAAGACCUCACGCCGGACGAACUGUCCUCCCUCGCCCUCGCACUCGGCAAAGCCUCCGGCGCACCCUCCGACUCGAGCCUGCACAUCCACCCCACCGCCGAGCUGGGAGAAAACGGUCGUCCGACGGUUGGAGCGAUCUCGAAUGUUGCGGGAGCGAUGGGACGGCAGAUUAAUUUUCAGGAUGAGCGGUCGGCGUUGGCGUCGCAGGGCAUUCACUCGGACAUCUCCUUCGAGCAACGCCCGGCACGCUACUCUGCCCUGCGCAUGACGACCUUGCCCCCGACUGGCGGCGAUACGAUGUUCUACAGCUCCUACGCGCACGCCUCGAUGCUCUCCCCCGCCAUGUUUGCCAUGCUCUCCUCUCUCUCGGCCAUCCACUCCGGCCGUGUCUUCCGCGACCAAGCGCGCCGAUUCGGAUACGACUUGCACCUCGGUCCGCGCGGAGCGCCCGAAAACGUCGGCGACGACUUCGAGGCUCUCCAUCCCGUCAUUCGCACGAACGCCGUGACGGGCUUCCAUGCGCUCAAUGUCAACCCGACUUUCACCGAACGGAUUGUCGGACUCACGCUCGACGAGUCGCGCGCGAUCCUCGACUACCUCUACAAGGUGCAGGCUCAGGCGCAUGACGCGCAGGUACGGAUCAGGUGGGAGAAGGACACGUUGUGCAUCUGGGAUAACGCGGCGGUCCUUCAUGCGGCGACGUUCGACUUCAAGGGCCAUGAGCGGUCGGGCGACAGGACGGUCUGCGUAGGCGAGAAGCCGUACUUUGAUGGCGCGAACGGGACGACGAGGAAGGAGGCGCUCGGGUCGGUCGUCUAG